AUGUUAGAACAGUCAGAGAGUGAUCUGCUCGAAAGGUUUCUGUUCGCGGCUAACUACGUGAGGACUAUUCACAAUAAGUUAGGAAGUGACGAUUUGUUAUAUUUGUAUUCAAGAUACAAACAGGCAUUAGAUGGCAAUUGUAGCACACCAAGACCGGGUUUCUUUGAUUUUCAAGGCAAACAGAAAUGGGAUGCAUGGAAAGCCAUUGAAAACAAAUCAAAAGAAGAAAGCAUGUUGGAAUAUAUCUCUAAAGUUUCAGACAUUGAUCAAAACUGGGAAGAUAAUCUGAAGACAGGUUCUAAAGCAAAAACUGGCCUUGGGUUAGGAGUCAGUAAAUUUGUGCACCAGGAAAAUGAUUUAAAUGAAAAUAAUAAGUCAAUAUUUGAUUUUUGUCAAGAAGGAAAUUUGGAAAAGCUAAAUGAGAUGCUAAAACCUAGUCAAAUCGAUGACAAAGACGAAAAUGGCAUGUCUCUGCUUCACUGGAGUUGUGAUAGAGGGAAUAUUGAAAUUGUAAAGUACUUGUUGGAGAAGGGGGCUAAUAUCAACCUGCAAGAUGAUGAACUACAGACAGCUCUACAUUAUGCUGCUUUCUGCAACUAUAUUGAAGUUGUGAAAGUUUUAAUAGAACAUGGAGCUGACUGCAACAUAGAAGACAGCAGCAAGUGCACGGCAAAAAAUGUUGCCACCUCAAAAGAGAUUGUUGAAAUUCUAUCCACGCUAUCAUGA